AUGAACAUUGGCAACGAGUCAAAACAAGUGUUGGAUUUAUCUAUGAACCCUGAGGAAUUAUUGCAAACAGUUCCUGAUUUAAAACUCUCAGAAAGUAUUUUCUUACUUGAUUCUAAACAUUGCAAAUUAGAAGAAAAGGAAUCAAUAAGAAAUGAAAUUCUUUCAUGUAUUGAAAGAAAUAGUAUGGCCCCACUAUUCAAAAUUCUUACUAAGGAUAUUAAAAUAGUGGAUUAUGACAAGAAAUUUGUGGAAGAGCUAAUGGAAAGUAAUAACAGUGAACUAAAUCUGAUCGAUAAAAAAAUCAAAGACGCAAAAGAAAAUUAUGGUGAUGUGGAAGUACGAAACUGCCACUACAACAAAUUAGUGUUUUAUUCUAGAAUUGGUGCUAAAGAAAAGAGUUUACAGGAAUUAGAAAUUGCCAUUGAGAGAACUGUGGGUGGGUUUAAGCUAGAAUUAGUUUUUCUUGGAAUUAGAAUUGGUUUGUUUUGGAACGAUUUGAACCUUGUUAGCAAGUACAUUAAGAUAGCGCAGGAUAUUUUAAAAACUACCAGUGACUGGGAAAGAAAAAACAGAUUUAAAGUUUAUCAAGCAUUGUUCUAUCUUAUAACUAGGAAUUUUUCUACUGCAUCAGAACUAUUUUUGGACUCAAUAACUACAUUUACAGCUGUUGAACUGAUUUCAUUUGAUCGUCUAAUACUUUACACAAUAGUUUCAUCGAUCAUCUCUAUUGAUAGAAAAACUAUCAAAUCAAAGUUGCUAACUAGCCCAGAUAUUUUAAAAGUUGCAUUACAGCCGGACAAUAAAUUCCUACUUGAAUUUAUCGAGGGUUUCUAUAAUGGGGAGUAUCGGCAGUUUUUCAAAAGGUUAAUAAAUAUCAUUCAUAUACUGCAAAGAGACUAUUAUUUAAAUCGCCACCACAAGUAUUACUUAAGAGCAGUCCGGGCCAAAACCUACAUGCAAUAUUUGGAUCCAUAUGAAUCAGUCUCAAUUUUAAGUAUGGCGGAAUCAUUUGGUGUUACCCAGAGAUUCCUCGAAAAAGAUAUUGUAACCUUUAUAUCUUCUUCGAAACUCCCAUGCACAAUAGACAAGGUUAAGCAAGUAAUUAUCUGCAAUAGAGAAGACAAGAAAAUGAGUCAAUAUAACGAACUUGUAAAAAAAGGUGACUUAUUGCUAAAUAGAUUACAAAGACUUUCGCGCAUUAUUCAAGUUUAG